AUGUCGAAUUGGUACAUUGAUGACUACAUAACAGAUGCGUCAAUAAUUACGGCACAUCCUACCGUUUCGCCACGCUCAUAUGCCAAUGAUACCUGUGUCUGUGGCUAUAGCUCGACAUGCUCAUCACCGGCAUUUAUCGAUGGAUGGCUGGUUCCUGGAUUUCGAGUUGGUUGCAAUCCAAUUCAAUCUCUUCUACAAUCUACUCUCGAAUGUCUCUAUAAUGUAACAUGCAUCGAUAAGAUCAAACCAAAUGAUUCUACAUCACAUGUGAUCUUUCGUGCCCUUGAUUCUACACGAUCAACAUCCACUAUUCUUGUUCAAUCUCUAGUGGAUGAUCUUAUGGUCGAUCGAUGGGAAACAAAUGUCGUUUAUGAGUAUUACUAUAAAGCAUGUGGUCCUCUCUAUUGUAUUUAUUCACUCGACUUGCGGUUCGAUAAAGUGUAUGUUUUAACUACCAUUAUCAGUCUUUCUGGAGGGUUGACUGUUACACUUAAGCUUGUCCUUCCACUUGCUGUCAAAAUUGGACGAUAUAUUGCUAUGUAUCGUCGAAGACUACUAGUUCGAUCAACAGUAACUAUAAUCGCAUAA